CUCGUUAGCGCUGGCGCACGAACGCCGCGACGUUCGAAUGUCGAUCCAGCGCAUGUUGAAUUUUUGACAAUUUGCAAAGUUGAAAUUUUAGGAAUAUAAUCCGAAUUUUAUCACAAUGAGUAAAGCCCAUCCACCUGAGCUAAAAAAGUAUGUAUAUUUUCAUUAUCGUAUCUUGAUAUUGAUGCGUUUAUUUCAAAGAAACAUUAUUUGUAAGAUAAGAAAUUUUGCUGUUGAAGUUCGGGCAAAUCAAAUCACCUGGGACGCGCAAACACCACACCACUCUUAAACUCCCGAGUGUACUUGACGAUUGUUAAUUUCUCCCACCUUACCAGAGGGUAACAAGUUGUGGGACAAUCCAAAUUUUUUACGAACAUCAAAAUAUAUUGGUGCGUGAUCACUUGCUGACCUACAAAUAUAAACUGGCAACUGGCUUGGGUUUACAUAAAAUUUAUCAAGGUUUUUCAGUUUGCUCUAUUUUGUCAAGAAACUAAUCUCAACUAUUAUUUCAGGUACAUGGACAAGAAAUUAUCAAGUAAGUAUACAUGAUAAGAACAGUAUAUUUAGAAUAUGUGAUUUGGUUUAGAAAGGUAGGCAGAAAGCAAAGAUAAGGCAGCUAAUUUAUUGUUUUAAUUACUAGUUAAGUUAAAUGGUGGCCGACAUGUAACUGGAGUCCUUCGUGGUUUCGAUCCUUUCAUGAAUAUUGUUCUUGACGAAGCAAUCGAAAAUGUGUCAACUAGCGAAAAACACAAUAUCGGCAUGGUGGUAUGUGACUUAAUCCAUAGGUCAUUCCAGAAAACAUUCACAUCCCCUGCAGAGCAAAUUGGAAUUUAACCUCUUUGCCCCAUUCGGGUAUCCUUGCUAUUUUCUUAUUAUGGGAAGUAUAUUUCCUCCCCUUCCAAAUGUCACAAAUUUCCUAUAUAGGGGAUGGUGGAUAUUUUCUGGAAUGACCCAAUCAUAAGUUAAGUGUUUACUUUCCAUGCGGGAUUGCCUGAUCCUGCACAGGCAAUUUACCAAUCAAAUUGCAUGUUUCACUGUAGUUAUUAUCUAAACACACUUUCUUAUGUUUUCAGGUUAUCCGUGGAAACAGCAUAGUAAUAAUGGAAGCCCUCGACAGAAUAUAACAAAUCCAAAGUAUACUUCUCUGAAGUCCAAACUAUACUUCUGUUCAGUUACUAUUACUAUGUGUAGACUGUACUCUGUAAAGUAAAACAUGUACAAAGUUGGAUUAAAUACUGCAGUAGUACCCUUUAUUAAUUUUACUAUAUUCUAUAAUACUGUGAAACGUUUGCAAAAUAUUUUGUACUUUUAAUAUCUUAUUUAAUAAACUUUAAUGUGCUUAUAUUGUGUUCCUAAAUCAUUCCAUUAAAGCCAGGA